AUCAUGACUCUUGAAGAGGUUCUAACCCAGAAAUCGACCGAGCGUGCUCAAUGCACUGGCAAAGCCCUGGAAGAGGUGCUGGUGACCGCUAUGGACAACGACUCCCUCACCGUGGGCGUUUACGAGUGCGCAAAAGUGAUGAAUCUUGAUCCAGACAGUGUGUCCUUUUGCGUGUUGGCUGUGGAUGAGGAUUUUGAGUGUGACAUUGCUCUGCAAAUCCACUUCACCCUCAUCCAGUCCUUCUGCUUCGACAACGACAUCAGCAUCGUAAGAGUCAGCGAUAUGCAGCGUCUGGCUGAGAUUGUUGCUGACAAGUCGAAGCAGCUCGAAGAUGCUCACUGUGUCCUCAUCACGAACCCAGCUGAAGGGGCUUGGGAGGACCCCUCUUUGGAGAAACUGCACCUGUUCUGUGAGGAGAGUCGUCAUCAGAACGACUGGGUUCCCGAGAUCAGCCUCCCUGGACGCUGA